AUGCGCGCAAAAGACUUGACCAACACGGAUCGCAACGCCAUCUUGCUUCUGGAACUUUACUCGAGCACGGUGAAGCCACAGUUGACGGAUGCCAACAAGGCCGUCCGACUCCAGUGGGCCAUAGAGCACGUCCGGUCAGCUGCCCCGGGGACAUACACCUUUGAUCCCCUGUACGACUCUGUGCAUGUGGACGAGAAAUGGUUCUUUGCAACUCGGGUCAAGCAGACUUACUACCUCGCUCCAGGGGAGAAGCCACCGCAUAGGACGUGCAAAUCGAAGCGCUUCAUCAAGAAAGUCAUGUUCCUUUCGGCAGUGGCACGACCGCGUUGGAAUGAUGAAUCAGGUGAGUGGUUCGACGGCAAGAUUGGCACUUGGCAUUUCACAGAGCUCGUGCCUGCUGAACGUUCCAGUCGCAACAGACCAGCGGGCACUCUCGUCACAACUCCUGUUGCUGUUACUCGUCCUGUCUACAAGGACAUGUUGGUCAAGCACGUCAUACCGGCGAUCAAGACGAAGUGGCCUAAAGGGGCCUCCCGAAGAGUCUUUCUUCAACAGGACUUUGCCAAACCUCACGUGGCUCCAACCGAUGACGAUAUCAUUGAAGCGUGCAGCAGCGGUGGUUGGGCCAUGGAGUUGAAGUUCCAGCCACCAAAUUCACCCGACCUCAACGUCCUGGAUCUGGGAUUUUUCCGUUCUAUUCAAACCAUUCAAGAAGAAAACUUCUCCCGAAGUGUUGACGACAUCAUUGCUGCGACGGACAAUGCAUGGCGACGUGUGGACAUGAUGACCCUCAACUCCAAUUUCUUGACCCUCCAGUGCUGCAUGCUCGAAAUCAUUCGGUUUGCAGGUUGCAACAGCUACAAGAUUCCCCAUAUGCGCAAGAAUGUUCUUUCUGCCUCGGGUCGGUUGCCUGAAAGUGUCAUGGCUGAUGGUGAUGUCAUUGAUUAUGGGUUUAGUUUGCUUUGUGCGACUGUCAUGGAAGAAAAGUUUCUCCAAUUGGCUGCUGAAGUUUCGGAGUCACUAGACAUGGCCGACUUCAGCUCUGAAAUGGAGAAACUUUCCGUUGAUGGCGAUCUUGACGAGGAAGGAGACAAUGCACUUGAUGAACUCGAUGCUGAGUUGAUCCGUCGCCUUGAAAAUGUAUUGUGA